AUGGUUACUGCUGUUUGGCUUCAUGUUACAUGUAACCGCGAACUGAACGAUAGUUUACAGUUUAGUCGAAUUAAUUUUAAUUUAUUUAUUCAUUAUUCAGGGACGGGCAACAGCCGGGAAGACGGGAAACGCACUUUUAUGUGCAGUUCUUGUUCCAAUGUAACUCAGCGCAUACGAGUAACGGAUGAUACCCCAGUUCGUGACUCUGAUGUACAACUGAGGGACAAAGAUUUAUCCAACUUAUCCUUCGAAGAAAGCACUCCUUUAAACAAAAAAGGAUCUUUGACAUCUGAAGGGAUGAUCAACUUUGCAGAUUUAUUGGAUAAAGUAAAUAGUGUGAUUGUUGAAAAGUUGAGUAGUUUUGAGACCAAAAUUUUAAGCGAAAUUAAAGCUUCUGUUACAGUGCUAGCACAGGAAAAUAGUAAACUAAGGCAAUAUCUAAGUGAAGCUAAUAAAAAAUGCAGUUUAUUAGAGCAACAGAUUUCAAUUUUGAAAAAUGGAAAAAAUAUGGAGCCUAAUGUUGAAGAAAAUCGACAUAGUCGAAGAAAAGCAACGGUGUCAAAAUUGGAGUCUGAUACUACUCCAAGCUUGUCGCUGGCACCGGUAGCGGCGGAGCGGCCGGCGCAGCCCGCGCUCGAUCGUUCUGCGCCCUCUGGCCCCGAGCUGAGAGAGACGUCGGCGGCGGCAAGCUCGUCGUCGGCCAGUAAGGCAGCGAAACCGACAGCCAGCGAUACCAAUACCAACACAUGGACUGAAGUUAAAGGGAAUAAAAAGUACAACUCGGUACCGAACUGUAAGGGCAGACCGCUGGAUCUGGUGUUGAGCGCGCGCAGCGAUGUGCGCGUGACGGGAGCUGACGAGGCGCUGCAACCCGUGGACGCGUACCAUCCGCCGCUCGCCAUGAUAGUGGGUGACGCGACAGCCCGCGCCCCACUGCCGUCGUCCGCCUCCGCGCCUGCGCUCGUGUCCCCCAUACCUUGA